AUGUCUAUUAUAGCAGUCGGUGGCUUACCACCAAAAUUAAAUUUGAAGGACGUAGUAAAAACAGUUGCGCGUCCAAUACAUGGCAUAUUCGAAGCACUAAAUUAUGGUCCAAGUAAUAAAGGCCGAGUGUGCUACCUACGUUUAUCUGAAAAGCUGGACCCGCUUCAGGUAGUGGAGAGGAUUAAUACUUCAAACGUUAUUAAAAGGGGAUCCAAAGUGUUUGCUUUUAUGCCGGAUCAUGUCCCUGAUUUACCACUUGCUGCCAAACCAAAAAAAUUGCCAGAGAGAAUAAGAAGGAAUUUAAAGAUUGCCCCAAAUCUUACCAGGAGGCAGAUUAUUGGCAUUUCUCAUGAAGAAAUAAUGAAAGAGAUGCAAACAAAGUACACUGGCCUAUACACUUUAAGUGCUAAAACUAAACACAGUUUGUUGAGGGCUAUUGGUCAGGAAGUGUACAAUCGCAUCGUUCAAAUAAUGGACUCAAAUAAAAGCAUAGAUUCAUGUUUUAUUUUAACAAGAUUGUAUCGCAAGAAACAUCCACAUUUUGGAGAUUUUCAGUUUAUUUUGUCGACAUUACAUGAAAUUCAAGACAGUCAGGGGAAGCCCCGCUCACAGAUACAAGAGAGUGACUUGAUUUAUUUAACGGGCUUGGAGUAUACCAUCCACAAUAUACCAUUUGAAAAGGUCACAUCUAUUUUAUCGAGAUACACAGAUAAAAUUAACGUGAAGAUUGUAAAUCACAUAAACAAACUAAAAGAGAAUAUGCAACCAGAGAAUGACUCCAUAGAAGAAGCUGCGAGAUUGAAAGUUCGGGAACAACUUGUCAACAUGGGGCCGUAUUUACCUGGGAUAACAAGGGAAGUGAUUCAGAAGAAUUUCGUACCAAACAAGGUGCCUGUCCACAUCGUCAAGAUAUACGGCGAGCCGUUCCUGCCGAACAAGGACGUGCUCUCGCCGUUCGUGGCGCGCCACCGCGGCCUCGGCGUGGUGCGCUCCGACUACAUGUACAACACGAUCAACGUGCGCGUGCCGCGCGACCACCUCAAGGCGAUGCUGGCGGCAGACGGCACGCUCGUCGGAGGGUCCAAGUUGGUGAUACGUCCUAGCACGACGUCAUACUUUAAGCAGCACUUCUCACAGUUCGAGAAGGACAGUGAGUUCGAGGCGCACAAAAUGGACGAAUACAAUCAAAGAAAUGCCGUCGCUGGGAAUGUGAACGCCGAUUGGAAUGAACAGUGG